CCCACCUGUCUCCGUAGUAACAUUUUAUAACAAGAUGGAGGUAAAUACAGGCUGGUAUUGAGGAGCCGGUGUUAAAGAGUCUCUUGGCUGCCGCAAGUCCUCUCAGUGUUUUCUUCGUAAGCGACGGGGAGAAACCGUGUAAAAUGUCUCCCGCCGCGUGGCUUUAGAGGUUUGGAUUAGUGUCUUUUUUGCCUCUGUGUAUUUUUUUCAGUCAUUUACUCUAUUUCAGUUAAAUGCUCUCGUAAAAUGACAAUGGAGGAGGAUCCACACCGGCCAGAGCCAGACAGACUCCUGGAGUCGAUUGUAGAGAAGAACCAACAGCUCAGAAGUCUCCUUAGCGGAGAGAAGAACUGUGGAGAGCAACAUCUACUGCAGCAGAUGAUCGGCCUCUCCAGAGACCUCAACACAUUCCACCUGGAAAAAGUCUCCACUUGGAGGGAGAUGUUGCAGGUUUCCUUAGAAACUUCCUCAUCAGGAACUUCCCAGGAGCACGAAACAGACAAACCACCAGCCACCUGGAAGGCCUUCAGCAUUGGGGAUACCAUGCGCAGCUUGUUGGAGGAUCUCAAAAGCAUUGAGAGUUUCCUACAGAGCAUGCAAAGGAAGUUGGACACUGCUGCUUGCAUAGCCUCAGAUCGUGACGGAGAUAACGAGGCCUCACACGAACAGGAGUUUAAUCAGUCAUCACAAUCUGAAGGGCAGGAGCCCAUGUCCCUGAAAUAUCAGCAGGGAAGUCCAAUGAGCACUCACAAUGUUUACAAGGACUCCAACUCCCAUAAUGCACCAGACCCCAGCCCACUUAGCCCUCCUGCUGUCAGUUCUGGUGAUGCCGAACAGAGUUCUUUGGGGGUGGAGAUGACAGCCCAGCCCUCUGAAGUAAGGAAUGGAGGUGGUGUGGGCGGGGCCAACCCUGACCUGGACGGAGGCGAUGUGGUUGCAGCUGACAUCAGCAGCUGGAAGGAGGGCAUCCCAGGUGGUGGAGCAGCAGAUCAAGGGAUGGAGGAGGGGGCUGGGGGAGGUGACGAAGGAGAACAACAGGGAGGAGAGAGGAGGGAAGGCUGGGUGACAUGCGCCCUGCCGGGACUGUCGACAGAUGGGGCGGGUGAAAUCCCAAACUCCUGCUACGUGACAGCCCCCAGGGGCAUCACCCAGGUCAUGACCUGCGAGGUGGUGAACUCCGCCAGCUCUCGGGUGGUGUCCGUGGCGGAGGAGCUGGUCAGCAGCGUGCUCAGGAUCCGGACCCCAGGCCCAAUGAGGACUCCCUGGCCCGUGUCCAUCGCCAUUCCCUUCACCAGCCGCCACAGGGGGAGCUAUCGAGACAUCGUCGUCAAGGUGAUCGACGGGGAAGAACAGAGCAGCUACAUUAGCCCCGCCUCUACAGAGGGCGUGUAUGGAGGAAAAAGGGACUCUUUUGCAGAAGUUAAAGUCUACAAGCUGGGCCUGUUUGCUGUGGUGUCAUGCUUACGGAGAGAAAGCUUCACCGUCCCCAGAAAAGGACUCUCUCUGAAGCUUAGCAUGGAUUCAAGGAUUUGCUUUGAUUACUUACCAGGGACUUUCUCUGCCCCAGUAGUUGUGCAAUCCAUGAUCCAGCCAGUGGACGGCUCUUUCCUCUCGAUGCUGAAAUGGAGGAGUGAUGUGUACCAGGGGGUACUGUCCGCGAGUGCGCUGGUGUACCUGACUCACCCCUCCACCGUACGCUUUCGCAGACCCCCCACCCUCACCCUGCCCUGCCCCCCCAACCCCGACCGCAAGAAGGCGGCAGACGAACCGGACCACGCUCGCCCUACCAGCACCGCCACCAUGGCGGCCAGGCCCACCAACCGUGUGAGGUCUAGCAGUGCUUCAGUAAAGAGCUCCAGAGAGAUGGGGAAUGAGCAGCUGGUCUUGCUGGGUUAUAAGGAGGAGCAGUGGAUGGUCUUGGAGAAUAUUACAGUCAGGAACAUGCAGAAUGGGCUUGUGUCCUUUGAACUGGCAGAGAACCUCCAGAAGUUAAUAGUUCUGCGUCUGGCUUCCUCCGUGAGACCUUCGCAUUUGAUCUCUCUGGUCGAGGAGGUGGAGGCUUCGGUCCACAGCUCCAGGGUGACCAUCGUGCUGCACCAUCGGACGGACCAACCCCAGCAGGUGGUGGUGGCCCUGGUGCCCAGCAAGGACCUGAGCUGGGAACUGUCCAAGCUUCGCAAGGAGGGGUACCGUGGACCCCCCGACCCCUCGGGCGACAUCACCAUGCGCGAGGGCGAACAGCUCCUGCUGUCCUUCAGGGGAAACAUCACAUCCUCAGGGAAGACCAGCGGUGCGUCAGUGACUGAGACAAUCACGUUCCACAACCAGAGAAAGAACCGCUUGUUCCUGCAGCUGACUGAAGUAGAUGAGUUUGGGAAUUACAGUUCCCCUCACUACAAAGGGACUGCCAUAUUUCACAGGGUCACCGAGGGUCAACUGACCUCCGCUGGAGACACACCCAUCAUCUCCCCAGAUGGCUCUCCCCAAAACCCUGUCUGCAAACUCUCUUUAACAUUGCCAAAGAAAGUGAGAACUGUCAGUCGCCCUGUGAGUGCCAAAGUGAUGUCGUCUGAACAGUCAGAUCCCCUGUCGGACGAGCUGCUCCAGUGGCUGUCGGAGGAGCUGACGGAGGAGGACGCCGCCCUGCUGGUUCUGUGCCUGCGGGUUCGCCGGAGUUCCAUCCAGCUGGUCAAGCUGAAGGUGCCCGACCACCUGCCUCGGCAGGUCUUCCAUCUGCUGGCCGUCUGGAGGCGGAGCCUGCCCACCUCCGCGGAUAAGAGCGGCCUACUGUCCCGCUACCUGUGCAAGAGCGGCCGGCCCGACCUGGCCAAGGAGCUGCUGGAACAGUGCUCCAGCCCGGUGAAUGACUGAUCAGUCAAUCAAUCACUCAAUCAGCCAGUCAAUCAAUCAAUCAGUCAAUUUGUCAAUCAAUCAGGCAGCCAAUGAAUAAAUGAAUCAAUGAAUCAAUCAUUAAAUCAAUCAACCAACCAGUCAAUCAAACAAUUGGUCAAUUAAUCAGUCAGUCAGUCAAUCCAACUAUCAGUAAAUAAAUCAAUCUGACAGUCAGUCAGUCAGUCA